AUGUUCGAAGGGGCCAGCUCCGAGGCCCUUCGAAAGGAAGAUAAUGCCCCAAGCGACUCACUUGAGGCAAUAGUGGUUGGAGACUCGCCGACUCUCCCUGCAUUUUCUGAGGAGGCAAUUCAGGAGGCCCAAGCUAUGAGGACUCCCGAUGUAGAAGGAGCCCACGGAGGGAGGACCCCUUCCAUGGGUACUUUACCGGAGUCGAAGAUGGCCUUGGCACUCCAUCAAGAGGCAUUUUCCAAAUCCCGAGUAGAGCUGAGCCAAUGUGAGGUCGAUCUUCAAAGGCUCACGGAGGAGAGAAAUGCCCUCAAACUUCUUAACAGGCAAAAGGAAGAGGAGAUCAAGGACCUUCGAGCCGAAUUGGCCACGACUCACAAAGUUCAUCAGAAGGCCGAGAGAAUCGAACAGCUCCGUGAGGAGGGUAACAUGAUGAAGGCGGAGACCUUGGGGUGGAAACAAAACAUGGACCGCCUAGCCUCAGAGAAAGAGGUUGCUCGAGCCCAAUUGUCAUCGGCCGUAAGUCAGCUUCAAGACAUACAGGAGAAAAACUCAGCUCAGGCCAAGAAAAUAGAGGAGCUCGAGGCUCGGUUGGCCACCGAACUCGCAAAAGCUAAAUCUGAGGCAGAAAAAGCAAAGGCUGACGCGGAGGCGAUCGUGGCCGUCUACCGAUCUGAUACUAAAGCUUCUCAAGUCCAAGCAAGAGAAUCUACUGAGGCCGCUCAAACUCGAGCUCUUUGGAUUGCCGAGUUUGCCAAGUGCCAAUCUCGAAGGGAGACCCUCGAGGAGAUCCAUGCUCGAGGUUACGAUCUUACUGACGAGAUAAGGAAGGCCAAAGAGCUUGAAGACCAUCCGACGAGAUAA